AUGGCGCCUCCCACCAAGAAGAAGGAGGCCACGGGCGAUCUCAUGAUUUCCACUGCAGAGUACAAAAAGACGCGCGACUCGGUCAUUGCCUCGCUCCACAACCUGCAGGCGGGUCUUAUCCACGUCCAGCACGGUAUUACCGACCUCUUGACAAACUAUCGCAAGCAUUGCGCUUCUGUCCUCGGCGGCGAAGAGGGCGAGAUUCCCCCUUUCAAUGAUGUAGCUGCUGUUGCUGCCUCUGUCAUGGAAGCCGGGAGGAACGCCGUUGACGAGACAAAGCAGGUCCUUGCUCCCGUCGACAAGUCCGCCGAGGCCAGCAAGGGCAAGAAGCGCAAGCGCGAAAAGAAGGAAAAGGACCCCAAUGCCCCCAAGAAGCCCCUCACGGCUGCUUUCCUCUACCAUCAGCAUGCCCGUCCUAUUGUCAAGGCCGAUCUUGAGGCUGCCCUUCCUCCAGGCGGUCAGAUUGAGAAGAAUGCUGUUCAGCUCGAGGUAAACAAGCGCUGGAAUGAGCUCCCCGAAGAGGAGAAGGAGCAAUGGAAGGCGUCCUACCGCAACUCCAUGGAAGAGUACAAGGCCGAGCUAGCCGAGUACAUUGCCAACAAGGGCAUCAAGGCUACUGAACUCGUCGAGGAAGACGAAGGUUCUGACGACGCCGACAUUGAAGUCGAGGUUGGUGCUGCUGACUCUGAUGCCUCUUCAGAGGACGAGGAAGAGGCACCCGCCAAAGCUCCCUCUCCACCCGCAAAGACUCCACGCAAACGCCAGAAGACGACUCCCGCCGUCAAUGGCAACUCUGCUCCUAUUCCCAUUGCCCCCGCUGCCACGAACUCCACUCCCGUCCCCCUCCCCAACGCGCGCACAUCACAAGCUCCAGCCCCAGCUCCUACUACCACCGCAGCUGCUGAAACACCUGUGAAGAAGGACACGAAGAAGAGGAAGGAAAAGGCCGCGCCUCAGCCUAUCGCCCCCGCCCCCGCCUCUUCUCACGAAGACGAGCCUGCGCCCGAGGAAACAGUCACUACCAAGAAGAAAACAAAGUCCAGCCGCAGCACCCGUAACACCGAGGCUGACGGCGACAAGGAGAAUGCCGCCCUGGAAAAGGCUGAAAAGGCCGAAAAGGCUGGUAAAGAGAAGAAGCGCGAUCGUUCUAAGAGGAAGGUCGAUUCUUCCUAA